AUGGACGAUUCCGAGCGACGCUCCGCCAAGCGUUCGCGCUUCGACCAAACAGAACCCGAGCCGCGCAAGGCGUCGAGAUUCGACCGCCGCUCACGAUCGCCGACUUCAAGACGCUCGGAAUCGGCGAGAGACCGUAGCCCCAUAGCGGCCGAUCAUGCCACCGAACCCAAGAAGUCGCCCGUGGAUGCCGCUGCUGCGGCCGCCGCCGCCGCCGCUCGAAUCAAUGCUCAACUCCAGGCGAAGAAAGGCAUCCAGCAUGUCGAUGUUCCCCCAAUCAAGACCGCGACUCCUCCUGCCGGCGGCGCGCAGUCGCCCGAUCCGGCCAAUACUAUCAAUGGCGAGAUGUACAUUGCCGACGGCGACUACAUCAAAGACAUUGAAGUGAACGACCUUCGCAACAGGUACCUCUUGACCAAGGGGUCAACUCAGAAGAUGAUCAAAGAAGAGACUGGUGCUGAUGUUACUACCCGAGGAAACUAUUACCCCGACAAGAGCAUGGCUACUGCCGCGAAUCCGCCUCUGUAUCUUCAUGUUACAAGUACAUCGAAGACUGGUCUUGAGCAAGCCGUUGCCAAGAUCGAGGAACUCAUGAAACAGGAACUCCCUGCGCUGGUCGAUGAACGCCGUUUCCGCCGCCGCGAUCAAGAGCAAGUCGAAAGGGAUGAAUAUGGCCGACGCAAAUGGCCCGAGGAGAAGAUUCCUAUUGGCUUGGAAUCCGUUCCGGGAUUCAAUCUUCGCGCCCAGGUCGUCGGCCACGGAGGUGCCUACGUCAAGCACAUCCAGCAGGAGACUCAGUGCCGUGUCCAAAUCAAAGGACGUGGCUCCGGGUACCUGGAGGCAGCCACCAACCGCGAGAGCGACGAGGAAAUGUUUCUCCAUGUCGCCGGACCCGAUCCUAAGAUGGUUGAGAAGGCCAAGGAACUUUGCGAAGACUUGAUUGCGAACGUCAAGGAACAAUACGAGGAGUUCAAGAGCAGACCGCCUCGUAGUUACGGUGGUGGUGGCAGCGGCGGCGGCUAUGGCGAUCGAUCCCGCAGUCACGAUGGCGGCUAUGGCGACCGGUCCCGUAACCACGAUGGCGGCCAUGGCGGCGGUCACGGUGGUUACCAAGGCCACAGCGGCCACGGCGGUCAUGGCGGUGGUGGCUACAACUCUGGGCAUGGAGGCCACGGUGGUCACGGCGGCUAUGGCGGCGGCCAUGGAGCUGCUCAAUCGGCCAGCCCGGCUCCUCCCGGCGGUUCCAACAGCCCUGCAGCCGGAGCUGACUACAUGGCCCAGUAUGCGCAGUACUACGGCGGACAGGAUCCGUACGCCGCCUACGGCGGUUACGCUGCCUACGUUCAGAUGUACCAGCAGUACUACGCCGCGGCGCAAGCCCAGCAGCAGGGCUCGCCCGCGCCCCCUGGAGCUUCCGCAUCACCUCCUCCGCCGCCCAGCGAGGCUGCUCCUCCGCCACCUCCCCCGAGCUCUGCUCCCCCGCCACCUCCAUCAGGCUCGCCUCCGGGGACUGGAGGAUACGGCGCAGUGCCACCGCCGCCCGGUCUCUAA